AUGCAGCACCAGUACCAGCGGCUGCCGACCGCGACGUCCAUCCGGCUGCUGCGCAUCGACGGCCGCGACAAGUUCAGCCCGCUGGAAUGCACGCUGCGGACGGUCGACCUCGACGCCGCGCCGCCGUUCCAUGCGCUGUCGUAUACGUGGGGGAACCCGCACGCCAGCGCCCGCGACGGCCACCGCUUCACGCAGCACUACAACGCCCUGGACGCAGAGUACCGGUUCCCCAGCGCAGGCGUGCCGGUCAAGUGCGACGGACAGCGGCUGCUGGUCAGUCGCAACCUGUACGAUGCGCUGCGAGACGUGCCGGCGGAUGCGUGGCGGACGGUCCUCGACCGCCGCAGCGAGACCAGGCUGCACACCCACGUCGACGGCGAGAUCCUGGUGGAAGCAGAAGGAGAAGCAGAAGCAGAUGAAGCGGCGGCAGCAGCAGCAGCAUCAUCAGCAUCAGCAGGAGAAAGGCCGGAGGAGUGGCUGUGGGUGGACCAGGUGUGCAUCAACCAGGCGGACGCGGACGAGCGGUCGGCGCAGGUCGACCUGAUGCACCGGAUAUACCAGCAGGCAGCCUUCACGCUGGUCUGGCUGGGCCGCGAGGACGGCUACACGAAGCGGGCGGCGCAGCUGAUACCCAGGCUCGCGCGGGCGGGCAGCCGGCUCGUCGACAGCAGCAUCGUCCCGUACGCGCCCAACGGCCGCGAGCUGCACGCCAGCGAGGGCAUCCCGUACGUCUCCGAGGGCGAGUGGGACGCCCUGGCGGCCCUGUUCCAGCGCCAGUACUUCCGCCGGCUCUGGGUCGUGCAGGAGGUCGUCCUCUCCGGCGUCGUCGUCGCCUACUGCGGCGGCGUCGAGAUCCCCUGGCGGCCCUUCUGCGUCGCCGCCGAGCUGCUGCACUCCCGCCAGCGCCGGAUGGGCGCCGCGGCGUCGGCCAGGUACGUCGCCCUGGGCGAGGGCGGCCGCGGCAUCGAGCAGCCCGUCGUCCAGCUGCUGCAGUGGCAGGACCGGUUCAGGUCUGGUUCCGAGGACAGGCAGAGGGCCGUCUCGCUGGAGAACCUCGUCUUCGACACCUGGCACUUCCUCGCCACCGACCCGCGGGACAAAAUAUACGGGGUCUACGGCCUGCUCAACCGGGCCCAGGCGGAGGCGGAGGCGGAGGCGGGAGAGCGGAGGCGGCCCCGGUGGAGGGCGGACUACGCCAAGCCGGUGGAGCGGGUGUACGCAGAGGAGACGAAGAGAAUCAUCUUCGAUGCCGGCGAGCUUCGCAUCCUCUCCGCCGUGCUGGACCAUUCCUGGCGCAAAUAG